UACACUGCAUGCAUUGCAACGUGUGUUUAUGUACCAGUGGGUAGCGUCUUAUAAUAUCAGCACUAGCUAGUUCUAGCUAAAAAUUCAAAUAACGGAGUUGCACAUUUUAAAACCCGAAGAAAAUGAGUUCCCAAGUUCGACAGAACUUCCACCAGGACUGUGAGGCUGCUAUAAACAGGCAGAUCAACCUCGAGUUAUAUGCUUCCUACGUCUAUCUUUCCAUGUCUUAUUAUUUUGACAGGGAUGAUAAAUCCUUGCCAAAUUUUGCCAAGUUCUUCAGCACUCAGUCUAAGGAGGAACGUGAGCAUGCGGAGAAGCUGAUGAGUGUGCAGAAUCAGCGCGGAGGCCGGAUCUUCCUCCAGGACAUCAGGAAGCCUGAGAGAGACGAGUGGGGGAGUGGUUUGGAAGCUCUUGAGUGUGCGUUACAACUGGAGAAAAGUGUGAACCAAUCCCUAUUGGACCUGCACAAAGUGGCAUCUGAACACGGCGACCCUCACAUGUGCGACUUCAUCGAGACACACUAUUUGGACGAACAGGUCAAGUCCAUCAAGGAGCUUGGUGAUUGGGUGUCCAACCUACGUCGAAUGGGAGCACCUCAGAAUGGCAUGGCAGAGUAUCUGUUUGACAAACACACACUUGGAAAAGAAAGCACUUAAACCAAUCAUAUUACUUAGAUUCUGUUUGUCCACCUGGUCACCUGUGCAUGUGAUAUAUUCAGCAAGACCAAUUUGACAAAAAAAGUCAUAGCACUAUGAACUCAAAUAUGUAUAACCUCUAUACUCAGCUUUUCCUAGCUUGGAAAUGUAUUUGCAAGUUUGACUUUUAUUACUAUAGUACAACUGGCCCCUACAGUUAUACCAGUCAAAAAGGGAUUACAUACCAGAAAGCGGAAACCACUUAACAUGCUGCCAGUAAGCAAGUAAACUGGCAGGCAAUGGAGCUUACACAAUGUUAUUUGUGAAUAACAAUUAAGCUACUUUUAAACGAUGGGUCAUUAUUUGUACUUCAUCAGACACACCUUUUAUAAUUUGUUUCGUCAUAGACGGAUGUUAUGUAUUAAUGCUGGCUUGUGUAAAGCUGUUCAUUUCCUGCAUGACUUAUGUUGCUUUUCACAUCAGUUUUAUGUAGUUUCAUGAUCUAUGUCAAACUUGAGUCGGCCAAGCAAGAUUAUUGCACGAAUCACUCUAUGUAUUAGAAGGGACAGUUCUCAGUUUCAGCUCCCCAAAACACAAUGGGACAAAGUUGAAUUGCAUAGUUUUUUUGUUUGGACUAUAAGUUAUAUAAAAUGAAUUGUUAUAAGGGAUGCAUCACUUAGCUGUCUUUACUUUGUCUGCUAACGUCGAAGACAUAAGUCGAAAGUAAUGCAAAUAUAAAAUAUUCUUUUAAGGA